CCCAGCCCCACGCGCCGGUCGCCCUCGCAGGAGCGAGUUUGGAAGGGGCUGCUUUCUGCCCCCCUCCUCUCACUUUGCUCCAAAGAGCCCUACUCCUGCCAGACCCAGAUAUUCCACCGGACAAUCGCUUUCACUCUGAAAGAAAGGAUGGCCGCCUUGGGUGGUUUCAGCCAUGGUCCCAUCCUCUCUCACUCCUGGCCAGGUCUGUUGUCAUGAUAACCUUUCCCCAGUCUAGAGCCCCCCAGUCUCCUCUUCUCUACCCCUUUGUGGUUUGGAGCCCCAAACCUCUUCUGUCUUCACCAGGAGGUUGCUAAGGUAACCUAAGUCCCUGGUGGUCCUUCUGCCCCAUCCUCAGUUACUAUGGUAACCCCCACACCUUGCUCUCAGAUGAGAAGAACCCCAGCCCCAAGGACACUGGCCUCUAAGAGAAAUAUCACCUCUUCCCGAACCCCUCCUCCACAGCCACCUAAUUGGCAUUACCAUGGUAACCAUUCCCUUCCCGUCCUAGGAGUCCAUAGACCUAAGCCACCAGGUGUUUUUAUCUAAAGCAGGGGAUGCUCUUCUGCAGAGCAGUUGCUGUGGUUACAGGAUCUGGACCAUAUAUGUGUGUGGGGGGGUGAGAAACAAGCAAACCCAAUCGCUGGUUACUAUGGUAACAGGAUAAACUCCCCUUCCCCCUCCAAUGACCUUAGGAAGUAAGCUCCCCAAGCAAGGUCUGGACACCGGGAUUGUCUCUAGGGGGUGCUAUGUCUAGGGAAGGAGUUGUCAUGGUAACAGUACUAGCCCUACCUUUUCUGAGCACAUUAAGGAGAGGGGUAGCUGGCUAUAGGUUGCUAUGAAAACUGACAUCCCUCCUGCCCACCCCACUGCACUCCUGAGAUGCCCCAGGUGGUGCCCAAAUUUAGAGGACUUCAAGAAAAAGGGUUCCCUGACCUUGUGGAUGCCACUUCUGAGGGUACAACGAAAUUGGGUUCUGUUGUGCAGAAUCGGUUAACUUGGGGUUUUCUGGUUCUCUUUCCCUCAGUGGAGCAGCUGAGCUGGACCGGAAGUGCCCUUCCGAAAUUCUCCCAGCCUGCAGCCUAGGAGGAUGACCUGGACGCCCGGCUAGGGCCUGGCCUCGGCCCCAUGCGGUUCACACGCUGCCAGGCUGUCCUGGCAGCUGCCAUCACCCUCAACCUCCUGGUCCUCUUCUACUUCUCGUGGCUGCAGCACCAGCCCAGGAACUCCCGUGCCCGCAGCCCCCACCGGGCAACCACUGCGGGUCCCCGAGUCACUGUCCUAGUGCGGGAGUUUGAGGCCUUUGACAAUGCAGUACCCGAGCUGGUGGACUCCUUCCUGCAGCAGGACCCAGCCCAGCCCCUGGUAGUGGUGGCUGACACCCUCCCCUAUCCACCUCUCGCCUUGCCCCGAGUCCCCAACGACGUGGACCUGGGCAUCUACCUGGAGGACGUGGGCAACUGCGAGCAGCUGCGGGGGGCCGAGGCCGGCUCGGUGGUGGACGAGCGCGGCUUCGUGUGGGAGAAGGCCGUGGAGGGCGACUUCUUCCGCGUGCAGUACAGCGAGACGAACCACCUGCACGUGGACCUGUGGCCCUUCUACCCCCGCAACGGGGUCAUGACCAAGGACACGUGGCUGGACCACCGGCAGGACGUCGAGUUCCCCGAGCACUUCCUGCAGCCUCUGGUGCCCCUACCCUUUGCCGGCUUUGUGGCGCAGGCCCCCAAUAACUACCGCCGCUUUCUGGAGCUCAAGUUCGGGCCUGGGGUCAUUGAGAACCCGGAAUACCCUAACCCCGCACUCCUGAGUUUGACGGAUGGCUGAAGCCCCUACCCCCGUUGGGGGAAUAUUCGCACGGAAUAGUCCUUUAUCUUCUGGGGUCCGUCUGGGUGUGGAGAACCUUCCUGUGAUGGAGUGUGCUGGAGACCGGGAGCCCUGGGAGGAAGAGAGAACCAGGCUCUUGCAGGAAGAACCAGGACCGGAAGCAACACCCGGAGAUUCUCCAGUGGUUCUGCCCACUGAGCGGCCGAUGUGACGGGACAUCCUGGGUUAUCCGAGUAAUCAGCGGAGCUGCAGGCAUUUGGACAGGGGCAGGGAUGUCAUGCCGUUCUUUGGGGCCCGGCACAGUCCCAGACCUCGAAGAAGUAUCCCGUGUCCCGAUCUGGGACAGUUUGGGAAAGAGAGUAGGUCCUGGAUUCUGACACUACCACUUUGGGGCGGCGUCUUUGCCUCAGUUUCCUCUUCCAUUCCCAGGGCCCUCAACUUGUCAUCCAGUGCCCUGUGAGGCAAUAAGCUCGCCUGACCUUGGCUGCUGGGAUUGCUUGCUCCACUAGAGGGCGUGUCUGUGCCGCUCCUGGUGGCCUGUGGCCGCCAGGCUGACAGCCCAGCGACGGGGUUCCAUAGCCAUCGCUCUCUUCAGCUUUUGGCCUUCUCAGAAGCACUGUGGGAGGUGGGACAGCAGUGGCCAUCCCGCCUUCUGCAGUGUAAUUCCUUCCCUGCGGGACUGUGAGCUCCCUGCUGCUUUUAACCAGAACUGCCGAGAAGGGAACAGCUCCAAGCGCGGUGGGCUGUGGUUAAACGGUCAGGAUCCCAGCUCACUCCUUACCCUACCUCAGUACUUCAGCUCUCAGCACUUGUGCCCGGCUCACAGUGACGGAGCCCUUAUCUGUCAGGCACCACGCGUCACUCGCAGCGUUAAACACACCCUGACUUGUCUGUCCUCACUUCACCCCUCUGAAGUGACAGCUGCUAUCGGUCCAUUCUGUAGACCUCUGCGGUGACGUCCCUCGCCCGAGGGCAGAGAGCUUCAGAACGAGUGGAUCGGGGACGUGAACGCCGGCUGUCGGGCUCCAGAGCCCACAUCUGACUUCUUCCCUGCUCUCUUUCCAGAAAUGGCGCAGGGUUAGAUAAAUGGUACUGGGCAUGUACUUCAGUGUGUGUGUGUUCGUAAGUUAUGCACAAAUGCUGCUAUCAAUGUAUAAGACAAAUUAUUACAUUUUAAAAUAAAAAGUGAAUAUGGAUAGAAGUU